AUGCUCCGGCACUGCGAUGAAGAUUCUGGCCGCAGCUCCUGCUCUGCGGCAUCUGUAUGCGUCAGCCCAAUCAUGGAAUUCCAUAAUGAUGAAGAUAUGAAUUACGUCAAGAGACGACACAAGACACAAGAGGCUAGCACUAAUACAGAUUUAAAAGUUAGUAGCCGUCCACGAAGCUGUGUAGGUCUCCUCAAGUCUCCAGAUGAAAGAGACCCAUUCCCAAGUUGUAGAGUGCCUAGACAUCACAGGAAACCAGUGUUUAACUUAUUUGACACUCCAAGACUGGGAGGCCUAAGUCAUGCACAUUCCACCCUAGAAAUUGCUUGUAGCACCCAAAUCGAAGAACCUAGGAUGCAGGCCAAUACAGUAUCUAUGACUGCUAUAGCUUUAAAUGACAAUAUAGCAAAACCACCCCAGGGAAAUUUUAGAAGAGGAAAACCUGUACAGAGAGCUGCUUCAAGAUUAUAUAAAGCAGAAUGUGGUUUCAAAGGCAAAGAAGGAUGCAUUGGUCCUGAAUUCAUUGUUAGAGCUUCACAACCAACAAAACACAUGGAUUUAACCAUGGCAUCAGUAUCUGAUAAAAGAGUUAUAACUGUAGUUUUGCUGAAUGGGCAAAAAGUGGAAGUCUUGUGUGACCCAAAUGUUAUAACUGCAGGGCAAUUGUUUGAAGCACUGGUUCACAGUGAAAAGUAUGAACAUAACUUUAUGCUUGGCAUUGCUGUUUUGAUUGGAGGGGACUUUGUAUUUGUUCCUGAUGAUUACAAAAUAAAAAAAGUUGCCCCAGAAGCUUGGCAUAAAACCAGCAGCAAGAGGAGAAUAUCUGGAGAUGAGAGCACUUUGACUGUCUUCUUAAGAAUAAAGUUUUUCUUGCCUAAAAACAUUGCCAGCAACAUUCAAGGUGGAGAGUGGAGGCACAGAGUAUACUUACAACUCAGGAGAGCUACCUUAGAGGGUCAGUUAACUUCUACAAUACAGAAUCUAAUUUUAUUAGCAGGCUAUGCUUUACAUGUAGAAUUUGGAGAGUUUUCAUUCAGAGAACAUGGGACAGCAGAUUACUUUUUAUUAGAACAUUACUUGCCUGAAACACUGAUAACCAAUGACAUGGCAGAAAUCAAAUUGCGGAUGAAGAGGGCUCAUGAAUCUAGACGUGGGAUAGAUAGACAGAAAGCAAUUGUAAAUUAUAUUACACUUGCACAAACUUUUCGUGAUUAUGGUGCACAUUUUUACUCUGCAAUUUGGGCUACAAGAGAUGGAUUUUGUCGAGAUGUUUGGCUAUCAAUUGGCCCUAGAGGCAUAAGUCUCUACUCAAGAAAUAAUCAUUCAGCUGAUGAUCUAGGCAACCAAACAAAUAGGAUUGUAUUACAAAGUUUACCUUGGCACCACAUACAUACAUUUUACUAUAACAAGAAAAGUUUGUACAUCAUGCCCAACUCUUACUCAGGAUUAUCAAAAAUUGGUGUGAAAUAUAAAUUGAAAAUGUUAGAUAACAAAAGUUAUUUCACAUUUUGGUUAGCCUCUCUCCAUCACAGGUUGUACCUGAAACUUUAUGCUAAAGAAGACUUCCUCACUUAUCUCUCCGACGAACUCAAUUGUCCUGUGAAUGCAUCUGGAACCCCCAAGAAGUUUGAUUGUAGUAAUUAUCAAGACAGCUACAAUUUAGCAGUUAGAAACCCCAUAAGAGUGAGAAGACCUACUAGAAGAAGGUUUAAAGUAGACAUAUUCGGUGAAAAGAAAGUACAGAAUAAAGAAAAUGAAAAACCUAAUACUGAAGAACUUCUUAGACAAAUAUUAUCACCAGUGCCCAGUGAGGAGGUAGCUUCAAACAGUCUUGCCCAUGAAAACUCAUCAAAUGAUGGAUUGUCCUCUUCAGAAAGUUGUAGUAUACCCAGAAGACAAGGCGUUAAAAUGGGUACUAGAGUAUUCCAUGGUAUAAAAGCUAUUAAAGAUGGCAGAUAUCUUACAUCUCCUAUUAGAAGCAAUCUUUGUUCAAGAUCUGAAGGAGACCUAGCUAUGACACAGAGUGAUUCUGAUGAUUUGAGUACUGAACAAAGGCAACAUUGUGUAAUAAACAGCAUGCAGUUGUUGCCUGAGAGACAUUAUAACCAGAAUAUAUCAAAUGCUCCAACUGCUUAUGUUUUGGAAUCUCCUAAAGUAUACCCAGAUGUUUUCAAUUACAAUGCUGCAAACAAUGAGUCCUGUUUAAAUACUUCACUUUUUGAGAAACUUGACAAUAUGGAAUGUGUUCAAGGUGAAAGAAUAUUUGUGACAGCUGUACUAGAGAGAGAUGACAUGAAUACACUAGGACUUCAAGUAGCUGAGGGGUCAGAUGGUAAUGUAUACAUCAAAUCAAUAACCCCAGGAAGUCCAGCAGAUAUGUGCAAGAAACUACUUCCUGGUGACCAAAUAAUAUCAGUAAACGGUAAGACCUUACUGAAUGUUAAAUAUGACAAGGCAUUAGUUAUGCUGCAGUCAGCUCCACAUAAAGUGGAACUUAUUGUAUUGCAAAAUGCUACUAAACCAAACCCACUGGACUAUCAGCAUAGUAUGGAAAGUCACUUUACAGACAGUACCAGCAGUAAUAUAGGAAAAAAAUGUAUAAGUAAUAGUGUUGCUAGUGCUUUAGAUGUAGAAAUAACAGAUGAUGAAUUAUUGAAUGAAGAAGCUUUGAAAACGAUUUAUGCUCUCAUAAAGUUGACAAAAGAUAAAGUUAUAAGUAGAAUGAAAGACAAAUCAAGCAAGCAAUCUACUCCUAACAGAAGUAAUCUGCAAAAGUGUGUAUCAGAGAAUAAAGUUUAUGAGGAAUCUGAUUUAGGAAAUUAUUCAUCUCAAGAAAAUACCCCUCAGAAACGAAAUGCUCAAAAGUUCAACACAUGGCGUGGUCAGUUCCCACAGAACAACAGAUUGAAACGACGACCUCUAAGUUUGAGUAUUCCUACAGAUGUAGAUUUGCCAGAUGACUAUUUAAAUGAUAACUCAGAAGACCUACUUAAGAAAACGUCAUUAAAAUCUAUUCAGUCCUCUUUGAACAGCUUAGAUAAAUCUGUAAAGAGCAGUUCAUCAAAGAAUGUAGCGUUACCACGGAACUUUGGAUUUAGCAGAAGGUGGUUGGGCCCAGUGAGGUACCCUGUGACACCCUGUAAGAAUAGCAACGUCGAGACUGAGCCAGGUGCAAUUGUUAGUGAAAAUGUCACGCGAAGACAUUUCGUGUAUGGUGCUGGAGAUUCAGAUGAAGAUCAAAUAUUUUUGUAA